UUCUUUCUUUGGCGAAUGUAUUUUUUUUCUUUUUCAUUUCCACUCAGGCGAUCGAUGUGAGGCCUGCAUAUAACAAUAGUUAUGAAAAGAGCGGUAUAAGUCUUAGGUAAACACUGUGAAUUGAUCUGCGUGUAAGGACUUGUUCGAUUCCCUGUGGACGUUCCCAAGUUUAAGGCGCACACCAUAGCACCGUCGUGUAGUCGUGUACUCAAACAGCCGGUGUGCUUUCUUAGCUUCUGCCAGUUCUCCACCAACACCCCUUCAUGAAGUUGAACCAAAAAUAAUACCGACAUAGAACAAAUCCCGCACAAAUCACAAGCCCAGUUCAAGGUGAAUUGACUCACAAUGAGCUCUGAAACAACCCGCAGGUGUUGAAUUCUACUAUGUAGCACGAGAAUCCUCUGAAGAAACCUAAAUCUACAACUACUAAGGCUGUGUUCUUGUGAUGAGAAUCGAACCAUAAAUGAGCGCCACCGAAAUCACCAUCGGUCUUCACCAACACUCAAUAUGCCCUCGGGGGUGUUGCUGACCCGUACGCUGGUGGGUCCGUGGGGGCCAGAGGCUCUUGCAAUCCCCUUUUCGCGCGACAACAAGCACAAUUCCGACCGCCUUAAACCCGUAUCUCGAUAUAAGCUAGCCGGUUGUAUACCCCUUUAAGGUGGACGCCAAAGGAUAUCUAACAGGGGUCUCAUGACUCGAGGCUAUUCGGCACCUACAUCUAUAUUUGUACGAAUCCUUCACCCAACUAGUUAGCGGCGCAGUACAAACACCCCGAAGCUUUCACCGCUAGGGAACGCUCGCUCGGCAGGUUCCAUUGCCAGUGCAGAAUCCGUCUUACAGCUUUAAUUUCAGCGGGCGCGAAACAUGAGCAUCAUGCCGGUUUGCCAUGAAGCAGGAUAGAGCUUACAUCAUCCUGGUUUUCCAGGUGCAUGUAGAUAAUACUACCCUGUUCACUGAAUUUCCACUGUCCUACUGACGCGCUUCCUCAGUUUCCUUCUCUAAACACACUUUUUUUUUGCCCAAUGUGGUAGUCAUUCGUUUCUCUAGAACACAGUUCUUCGCCAGUCUUUACUAUUCACUCGUUUUGCACUAGAAUUCUACAUUCGCUCAUUCACACCAUGUCGUCGUCGUCUGUUUUGACUGCGUUGCUCACCGCGACCGCAGUCGUUCCUUUCCUCGGUGUAUCCGCAAGCCCUUUCGCGGCGCAAGCCCGCAGCCCAGCUCUGGUUACGAAUGUCGUUGAAUCACAGUUUGACUUCCUCAAUGUGGGAGACGUGAUCGCCAUUCGUGGUUCUCAAAUUGUGCGAAAAUGGGGCGUAAGCGAUGAUGACAAUGCUACGCAGUUCGACGCAGUGGCCAUUGAACGUUCUGUAGCUGCGCGGUCGGGAACAGUUCGUGUAUCUUCCGAUCAGUAUGCUCCCGUGGAAAUCGCCAAACGUGCGACGAAGACGAAGGCGAAGACCACCAAGGCGUCUAGUGCGUCCAAGACUGCUUCGUCAAGUGCGUCAAGGUCUUCUUCUUCCUCCUCAUCGUCUUCAUCGGAUGUGUCAAAGUCUUCUUCAUCGGUCGUAUCAAAAUCUUCUUCGUCGGCCGUGUCGAAAUCCUCUUCAUCAAUUAUGUCGACGUCGGCCAACGCCACAAUCACAUCAACAAAGUUGUCUUCAUCCAAAAGCUCUUCUUCAUCCGUAGCAUCAAGCUCGUCAGACACAGAAGCGGAACCCACCGAAUCAUCGUCCUCGUCCAAGGUGGCCUCGGUUUCCAAGACGGCGAGCUCAUCAGUUAACGGAACGGCAAUCAGCACGAAAGCCUCCUCAACAGGAUCUGCCAUAUCGACUACCUCGCGCAAUAGCACCAGUGCGUCCACGUCCGCCUCAGCAACCGAUUCAUCCGGUUCUUCGGAGUCGACACCAAAGCCAUCCAGCGGCGCGUCUUUCAAGUGCCUGGACAGCGAAGUAUCGGUCGAAACCAAGCCCUUGGGCGGGUCCGGAGUCCUAUAUGGCGCUACAAAAGGUGACGACGAGGAAAAGAUUUCCAUGAAAACCCUCAAAGACGGCAAGGGCGCACUCGACAACGAGUGGAAACUGCUCCAGAAGAUCGGAGACGCAGACAACAUUCUCAAGGGAUACGGUCGCUGCGAAGGAAAGGGAUCCGAGUACAUCAUGUUCGAUCCGGUGGAAGGCGGAACGCUCAAGACCAGAAUCGAUGCGCAGGAGUACAAGGGCAAGAACGACGCUACCAGGACUGUCAUCAACCAGGUCUUCUCCGCCGUCAAGAAAAUGCAUGAAAAGGGAGUGGCGCACCAGAACCUCAACACCGAGGCCAUCGUCUUCAAUGAGGCUGGCGACGUCAAGGUCAUGGGUCUGGACAAGUCUACCGAUAAGAAGAUCACCGAUGAGAUCAAAGUGGAGGGAGGCAUCAUAGCUCCAGAGGCCGAAAACAAAUCUACAAUGGAGAUUGAUCCUUUCCUGAACGAUUCCUGGGAGAUGGCUCAUCUCUUGAUUACUAUGCUCAUCGGAAAGAAGGCAUGGGUCAAUGCCAAAGACGAGGCCAUAAAGGGAGUUUGGUUCAAGGGCGCCCCAAGCCAGCGCGCCAGCGGCUGCAAGAAAGCAUGGCCCGAAUUUACCGACGACUUCUGCGAUAUCAUCUCGCAGAUCAUGGUUGACCAGAACAGCCGCAAGCCCGUGUCGUGGUUCGCAGAACAGGUCGCCAACGAUGGACUCAAAUUCGUCGAUGAAUGCAAGAAGGAUAGCCAGAAGAAGAGCACGAGGCGCACGGUCGAUGAGGGUGAGCUACUCGUGGUUGGGGUUGAAGAUGCCGGUGAUGAAUGGGUGGUGCGCGCUGUUUUGCCUUAG